CAAGCUAUAAACGGCUAGACAUGGACCGCGAGUCUGCGGAGGACCAAAAGCAACGCCAGAUAUCAAACGAUUCUUGGCCGGUGUAACGAAGCCGAGAGGGGAGGAGAUAAAGGAGAACAAGAAAAACCGGCGAGCAGCUGAGACCCAGAGACACUGUGUGAAAGAAGGUGGAGAUUUGGAUUCUGUCAGCAUAACCCGUGAAACCUGCUCAGAGGAGAGAAGGAGUACGACUGACAUGGAGGAAGCUAGCAGGAGAAACCCUGAACCUGAAUACUGUCACGGGUUGGUUAAGGAAUGAGGAAAAAGAAACCAAGAGCAGUGCCUGAGUUUGUGAGAGGAUCUUGCCUAUGGAAUGUGAAGGUAUUUUCAUUCAUUUGAAACCUUCACACACCCAGUGGAGCGGGGGGAGGAAGCAGACUUCUCUGUCAGGCUUUGUGGACCUCUGGCUGUGCAUGUGUUGUGUCUUUUCCACAGACAUAAUGAGUCGGACUCCUAACUAAAGCAGAAUCUGCAACCAGAAAGUGUCUGAGCACACACUUUCAGAUCUUCAGUCACGCUGAAAAUCCCAUAACUGACCAUUUGGGUUCAACACAACUACGGACUGAAUGAUUCACUGCAGAAAUGGCUAGGAAAUGAACUGCUGGAUGAUUGGAUAAUUCCAAACUGAACUCUUUACUCUUUGGAGUAUCCACUGUGCACUCUUUGUUGAGACAUGGAGCAAAGUCCAGCCAGAGGAGACCCCACUCCAUUUUUCUGGGCCAGAUGAGGGGCUCGAGCCCCAGCCUGCUUCGGGGCCGAUGGUUCCACUGCCGGGAAUGGGCCCUGGAGAAACUGAAGAAAUGCCUGGAGGCGAGAAACUCCCCCAAUGGGACACAGAGCUCGGCCAGCACCCCACCAGGAAUCCUCGUUACCGGUGGCCCUGGCACGGGUAAGACAGCCUUCUGCACAGAGGUGGUGUGGCCCCAGUCUGAGGCAGGCAGAGCAGCAGAGCUGGCGCCACGGUGCCUGGCCUGGCACUAUUGCCAGCAGGAGGAUGCAGGCAGCGUGGAGGUGUGGAGGUUCGUGCUGGCUCUGGUGGAGCAGCUGCGCGAGAGCCCGCUGCUCCCGCCGAGCUACAGCCACAUGCUGGCGAGCCCGUCGCUCGCUGCAACCCUGGAGCCCCUGCACUGCCAGCGUGACCCAGAUGACACCUUUAAAAGGGCGGUACUGGAGCCUCUGCUAUCCUUAGCCUCCCCAGCUCAGAGUGUGUGUAUAGUGAUAGACUCUCUGGACUCUGGCUGCAGCGGAUUGGUCGGUGUUGGCACGGGGAUGACUCCAGGGUCCGUGACCAAUCAGAGCAGCUCCAUAGCGGAGCUCCUGCUUCGGCACCUCCAGCUCUUGCCCUCGUGGAUCCUCCUGGUCUGCUCUGCACGCAGACAGAACAAGGCUGUUUGCAAGAUGUUCUCAGGGUUUCGGAAACUCUGUCUGGAUGACUUGCGAAAGCCGGUGGCUGUGCGGGACGUCCAGCAUUACAUUCUGCGGCGGCUGGACCAGGAGGGGGCCCUGCGCCGGCAGCUCACGCCAGACACGGCCGACAUGCUGAACCUGUUGCACAUCAAGAGCGGCGGUUGCUUCUUGUUCCUGGAGCGAGUGCUGGACGGCGUGGCCCGCGGCAUGGUGGGUCUGAGGGAGAUCCGGGACAUCCCAGGCACGCUCAACGGCCUCUACCUGUGGCUGUGCCAGCGCCUCUUCCCCCGCAGGCUGUUUGUCCAUGUUAGGCCCUUGCUCAACACUUUGCUGGCAUCCCCGCAAGCUCUCACACCUGAGCAGCUUUACACGGCUGCGCGGACCAGGGACUUGUGCCUGACGCGCGAGGACUUCCAGUCAAAGAUGCACGCUCUGGCACCGCUUCUCGUGGACGGGCCCGUGGGCACCAAGCUCCUGUUCCACGGCAGCUUUGCGGAGUGGCUAACCGAUGUGAAGUACUGCACACAGAAAUUCCUGUGCAGCGUGAUGGACGGACACCUGUCCCUCGCCAUGUGCCUGUCGCUGAGGUCUGAAAGCCUUGGCACGGAAGAAGUCUGCCAGCUCGGCCACCACCUCCUCAACAGCGGCGUCCACGCGGGGAAGCCGGCCCUGCUGGCACUGUGGAUGCUAUGGACCGGUGUUCCCUCUCUUCGCAGCAGCACCGAGGGCGGGUUUGCUGGCGCAUCUCAACCUCUCCGUUCCUUGCAAGCACCUGUAGUGGUGCGGCAGGAUGUGCUGCAGCUCCUGAUGAAGAGUGGCGUAUACCCCCCCACUUGUUCUCCGGACAACAGCCCUAGCAUCGGGAUACACUGCGUGGGUGGAGGGAGAGCCAUUGUGCGGCGUGCCUUGCAGAGGGAGGAGUCUUUGCGGGCGCUCUUGGACAGCGGGGUCAGCGUGAACCGGACGGACUCUUCAGACGGGCGGACGCUGCUGUCCAUCGCUGCCCACGCAGGGCUUGCUGACGUGGUGGCACUGCUGCUUUGCCGCGGGGCAGACCCUUCUCUAAGCGACCACCAGGGGCAGACGGCACUGACGCUCGCCGCCAGACAAGGCCACGCGGGCGUGCUGCAGGUUCUGCUGGAGUGGGCCCUGGAGCAGGGACGUGACGGCGCGGCCGUCCGAGCCCUGACUGAGCACGCAGACAGCGAGGGGUGGACCGCCCUGCGUUCUGCCGCGUGGGGCGGCCACAAGGAAUCUGUGAAGGUGCUCCUGGAGGCAGGAGCAGAGGUGGACGGCUGCGAUGCCGACGGCCGGACAGCCCUGAGGGCCGCUUCCUGGGGCGGUCACGAGGAGAUCCUGCUGACCCUGAUCGCCCACGGCGCUGAGGUGGACCGCGUGGACUACGAGGGUCGGACUCCACUCAUCGCUGCAGCGUACAUGGGCCAUAAGGAGGCAGUUGAGAUCCUGCUGGGCGCAGGCGCGCAAGUGGACCUGGCCGACGGAGACGGCCGCACUGCUCUCUCGGUGGCUGCGCUGUGCGUGCCGUCAGCCGCGGGAGGGAGGGGUCACGGGGAGGUCGUGAGCCUGCUGCUGGAGAAAGGCGCCAACCCAGAGCACAGGGACAGAGACGGGAUGACCCCGUUGCUACUGUCCUCCUACGAGGGCCACGACGAGGUGGUUGAGCUCCUCUUGGAGGCCGGGGCCGACGUGGAUGAGAGCGCAGGAGCUCAUCCCUCUGCAGUCACGCCCCUCCUCGCAGCAGCAGCCAUGGGGCAUCCGGACACGGUAAACCGCUUGCUGUUCUGGGGGGCGGCAGUGGACGGCAUUGACGGGGAGGGCCGCACGGCGCUCUGCCUGGCUGCGGCCAAGGGCAGCGUCGAGGUGGUGCGAACCCUGCUGGACCGGGGUUUGGACGAGAACCACAAAGACGACCUGGGCUGGACGCCACUGCACGCGGCAGCCUGUGAGGGCCACAGGAGCACGUGCGCCGUCCUGACCGAGCGAGGCAGCAUGGCACGGGUGGGCGAACUGGACGUGGAAGGCCGGACUCCCCUCAUUCUGGCUGCGCAGGAGGGACACGGCAGUACUGUCAGGCUCCUGCUCGACCGCAAGUCCCCCAUCGACCACCGAGGGUACGACGGCCACUCUGCCCUCAGUGCCGCCGCCCUGCAGGGCCAUGCGGAGGUGGUAGAGCUGCUGCUGAGAAGGGGCGCUUACACCGACGUCCGAGACGUAGAAGGAAGGCCUCUCCUCUACCUGCUUGUGCUGGAAGGCCGCCUGGACAUCGCCAUCUUGCUCAUAGAGAAAGGAGGCGUCCCGCUGGAAUCGAGAGAUGUGGAGGGGCGCACCGCGUUGCACGUGGCAGCUUGGCGAGGGGACCUGGAUGGGAUUGGGUUGCUGCUGAAGCACGGAGCAGACCCAAAUGCGUUGGACGCGGAGGGUCGACCACCUCUGCACUCGAUGGCGUGGAGAGGUCAAGCAGCUGCAGGGGAAGUGCUCCUCAGGGCCAAAGGGAUUGACGUUGAUCUGGCCUGCAAAAAGCAAGGUGCCACAGCACUCGGCAUUGCCUCUCAGGAGGGACACGCUGACAUCGUGGCCAUGCUUCUGGAAAGAGGCGCCGAACCGGACCACGUGGAUCACUACGGCCGCAGCCCGGUAAAAGUUGCAGGAAAGAGAGGUAAUUUUAGCAUUGUCCGUCUCCUGGAGAGCUAUGGAGCAAAGCCGUUCCCUGGACUCAUCCCACUUGCAUCAUAUGACACUUCAGGCAUUUUCUCCAAUUCCUUUAAAGUUAAGACUCAGGCCUCCAUCAGUUCUGGAGAGGCGUGCGGCAACGGAGUCCCACCCACCUCCUCCACUUCCUCAGCCUCUUUGUCAGCCUCUUGCUCACCUGCCUCUACAGCAGAGAGGUUCCAUUCAGUGCCUGGCUCCCAGGCAUCUUCGUCCACAUGCCACUCUCUGGCCACUGUGCAGACCGUGCCAGCGGACAGCCUGAGCUUUACUCAGCAGAUCCAGCAGCACUCGCUGCCCCGCUGCCGAAGUCGCCCAUCCACCCUGCCUUUGCCUGGCUCGAACCCUGCCAGCCCGCAGGGGAGUGCUGCCCGGAGCAAGCAGAAGGCGGUCGCUAAAGGUAGUCCUCCCCAUGUGCAGUGCGCCUUGCUCGGACUGCAGGAUUCAGACAAGCCCCUUAUAGGGCUCGGUUCCCCAGAUUCUAGUGACUACCUCUUGAAACCCAAAAGUCCUCACUUAAUUGAGGAUGAGCUUAUAAAGAGCCCCCAGCAAGUUGGAGACGGCAAGUGGAACUCUGUAAUGGUGUCCCUGGGACUGACGCCAAACCAAGAGGCGGCGAUUAGGCAGCCACAGAGGAGAGACAGUCCUCCAUUGGAUUAUCCACAGAGCGAGAGGUGGGGGGGCUUUAGGAAGGCAUCCUGCUCCUCAGCCUUUGACCUCUCAGCCAUAUCCCCACAUGGUGCCUUACUGGAAGAGUCUGUGUUCAGCAUUACCACCACAGACCCCCAGCUCAACCUCAAACAAGCCAUCAAGUUGCAGUUUGAGGGGCCAACCAGUGCAGCACUUUACAAGAGGGAAACACCACUCUGAGGGAAGCCUUGGUGAUUAGGGGCUCAAGGAGGAGAGGGUGGUGUGGAUAAAUGCGGUGUGCAACUCGUGGUGCAAGGAAACGGUAGAUGAGAGGAUGAGAGCGUACCCAGAAGCCCCACCAAACUCUGACCUCUGACCUCCUGCAAGAGCCAGAGAAGGACCAGAAGAACAAGUAAGAAUCAAAGGACUUGGAAAAGGCCUACAACGUGUACAUUCCGGACAUUUUCCUUUACAUCCUGCCACCUCGCGCACACUUACUCAAUUACAGGAAAAUGCUUACACAGGAACCCACAAUGGGAUUAUGGUUGCACACAGGAAAAUGCAUAAAAUAUAAUAAAAUGGAAGAUGGGACUAUAAUGUAUAAUAAAGGGAUAUACUUUUUCACUGCCACACGUAGAGCAGCGUGUCUUACAUUGGCUCCAGUGGUUGUCCAACCUCCCUUGCGUCAAUUAGCCCCGAGGCUGAGUGCACACAUACACCUUUUAUUUUGGAGGAACAAGAUAUGCACAGAGGGAGUGAAGAUCACAAAGUGAGUGAACGGUCUGCUCCCCGGGCCUUUUGCGCUGGUCCACUUGUUUGUUCUCCCUCUCUGGAAUGAACCCCAGGAUUGCAGUGCCUAGAGCCGGAAGGACUAGUGCCAAAAAGGGCACACGCAUCAAUACGUUACCAAAAACAUGCUAAUUAUCCUUAACUGAUCCUCAAAGGAUGAGUGACUUCUUUUAAAAAUCAUUUAGGUCAUUGCUGAUGCCCACCGGUGUGUCUUUUUUGUUUGUUUGUUUGUUUUUUUGUUUUUUAAUUUGGCCAGCAUUAGUGUUACUAUGCGGUAUUUAUCAUUUAUCAGUAUGUAUUUGUUUUGCUGUAUCUACUUUCUGAUUAACAUUUUUUCUGCUGUAAACAUUAAAUCAGAGCAGCCAACCAAUGACACUGCAAUAUUUGAAAUACAAAGGCUGUCUGACAUGGAACAAGGCACAUUUGAAUGAGGGAGAGAGACUUGGCAAAUGAAAGACGACUGGAAAAGAGGAAAAGAGGCGAGCGAGACUGGAGAGAACCUACGGCUGAUGUUUAGAGGAUAAUGACGGGUCAUAAAUACCUGAGAAAGGGAGACAAAAUGUUCCAGAAAAGGGAUUUUCAGAUCUGUUAAUGUGAUUUACACUGUUUGAUACGUUUUUGUCAUAUUUUAACGGGGUUUCUUAAUUAAAAUGUAUUUAAAACAUUAA